GUGAAGUCGAAGUCGCAGGCGAAAUUUUGUGCGUUAACGAAAAAGUUGUAGUUAAAAAAAAAAAAACUUACAUCCAACAACAACAUAGACGAGUUAUUAGAGACGAAUAAAAAGUAUACGGUUUGAAGAAAAAAAGGAGCUUAGAAACCUAAAUUAAAAGCGACUAACUGUAAAAAAACGCUUUAAUUUCUAAGGACUUUUUAAAAGACUUUGCGUGCAAGAGAAUUGACGACUUUUUGAAUUUACGCAUUUUGCAAUCAAAGCUCCUAUUCACAGUGGUGAGGUGCAGUGAAGUUAGUGGGCGCGCACGCCGACGAGGGAGUCAAAACUCUACCAGCCAGCCAGCUAGCUACGUACAUGCAUAUCUACCAUGUGUAACAGUCAACAUUAGACACAAAACAAAAAAAAAAUAAAAAAUAAAUCGCACUAGACUACCAAUUGUUUACAUGCAGAACUAUAGCAGUAAAUAAACAUAUGAAAACACUAAAAAUAACGGCGUGCACAGUGUAAAUAACAGCAAAAACUAGAAACCAUAUUUAUUUACAAACGCGAGACAAGAAGAAAAAUAUCGCACUAACAACAAAAACAAACAACACGCAACGUAGGCAAACAAGACUCGAAAGAAAAUAAACGCGAAAUUCUAGAGUUGAAAUUUACAAAUUUUUGCUGUUAAAAGGAAAAAUUGAGCAAGAAUUCAUACAAUAUAGGUAUGAACUUACAGAAACAACAACAACUACUCAUUCAGCGCAGCAAUCGACGAUUCCAGCUAAGCAAAAAAUCGUUUAAAAAUUGAAUCGAUGCGAAUCGAGUGCAGUUGUCGACUGAAUAGAGCAAUGUACAUGCAUACAUACGGGUGCUAUUUAUUGUGAGCCAAACAGCACUUUAGUUGCUAGGAGUAGUACAAAAAAAACAAAGAAAACGAACCGAAAAAAUCAACAAAAAAAAAACAAAUAAAAGUAGUAAAACAACAACAAAGUUGCGCAAAAAAGCUCAAGGUGUGCAAGUAAAGCUACAAAGUGUCAAUUACAAAUAGGCAACGCAUUGUAGCAACAACCACAACAACACAAACAAUAAUUAUUAAAUAAAGAACCAACAACAAACGCUUAACCACCAACGAGUAAAAUAAAAAUCAAAAGUUAAAAAAAAAUCAAUUUACACUCCAAAGCCAACAAAAAACAUCAAACUACAAAACAAAAAAAACACACACACAGACAAAAUGUGGCUACACACUAUCCUUACUGUGUUGCUUUGCUGCCAACAACUAAGCACCGCCCGGACGACCCGCUUACCGCUCGAAGUAUACGAGCUGACGGCAACAGCUGCUGCAGCAGCCACCACGAACAGUGAUAGCAGCACAAAUAAUUAUACGCGGCAUAGAAACUUGGAGUAUGCCACAGUGAAUGCAGCAAAAACGUACGUGCAACAACAAGCGGGCACGGCCACAUCGGCGGCGGGAGCGGCGACAACAACAAAAACCAUCUCAACACAACCGAUUGCAACAGAUUUGCAUUAUGUGACGCAGGCAUCAGCAGCAGCAGCAGCAGGUGCGCCGCAACAAUCAGAACAACAACAACAACAACAUGAUCACGAGCACAAUGUGGAUCAUCGUCGUUCGCGCCAGAUGUUGGAAAUAAUCGAGCAGCAACAACGUGAACACCAACAACAACAACAACAUAAAUACCAUCGUGAAUCUCUGUUGCAGCAACAGCAGCAGUUAAAGCUUUCGAAAUCAUCCAAUUCAUAUGCAGUGGCAUAUGAGAAGGAUAAUAACAGUUAUAAUAGGCAAAGACAUGGCGGCAGCAACAACAACAACAACAACAACGGGCGUCUAACGAUUGGCGCUCAGGAUGUACGCAUACUCUAUCAAGUUGGGGACUCCGAGGACGAUCUACCGAUUUGUGCGCCCAAUGCUGUCUGCUCAAAAAUCGAUUUGUACGAAACACCUUGGAUCGAGCGUCAAUGCCGUUGCCCCGAAUUGAAUCGUCAACCGCACAUUAUACUCCACCAUCACUCAACAACACAUCAUCACGGCAGCGGCUCCGGCUCCGGUUCCGGCUCCGGCGAGCUCUCACAAUCCGCUGGUGCUGCUGCUGCUGCUGCUGCGGCGGCGGCACAUGAAAAAUUCCGCAGCUACUAUGAACGAGAGAGAAUGUUGCAACAUAAACGUUUGCUGGUGGGCGAUUUCAACGAUAAGAAAUUCGAGCAGCUGCAUCUGAAGAAGUUGAUGCAACGUUUAGGCGCCGUCUAUGAGGAUGAUUUAAAUUUACAGGCUAGCGAUUAUGCAUCAUCGGCGUCGUCGCAUAACGAAGACAACGAUGCUUUGCCCAAUUCACAGGAGGGCGAUGAAAUUGGUGAACUGAACGACAAUGAAUUUCCGCAUACACCGUCGCGUCGUAAUUACUAUUCGGUAGAGCCGAGUACAGCGCAUAUGCGGCAUUCGGGUCAUAAUGGGCAUCGUGCGAAGGAUUCGUUGAUCACCUUCAUUGGUGGCUGUCCGAGUGGGUUGGGUGUGGAGGAUGGCCAUACAAUUGCCGAUAAGACGCGUCAUUAUAAGAUGUGUCAACCGGUGCACAAGUUGCCCGUAUGCAAACAUUUCCGCGAUUACACGUGGACGCUUACCACUUCAGCUGAACUAAAUGUGACUGAACAAACUGUACAUUGUCGUUGCCCAAAGAAUUCGGUGACAUAUCUGACGAAACGAGAGCCGGCUACAUAUGGCGCCAGCGGUUAUACCUACCUCUUUGCUUGUUCACCCAUAACACGCAUUCGAUGUCAACGCAAGCAGCCGUGUAAAUUAUUUACGGUGCGCAAACGGCAGGAAUUCCUUGAUGAAGUCAACAUUAAUGCGCUCUGUCAGUGCCCGAAAGGACAUCACUGCCCCAGCCAUCACACACAAUCGGGUGUUAUAGCUGGCGAAAGCUUCUUAGAGGAUAAUAUACAGACCUAUUCAGGUUACUGCAUGGCUAACGAUUGAUGGUCUGUAGCUUUGGGCUUGAGACGAAAAAGACGAUAUCAACGAAAUAAAAAAUUUAAAAAACACAAAAGGCACAACAGGCAUAACAGGCAACAUGGGCAGACGAUGCUGCCGCUGCUGCAACGGGGCAAGUUGAAAGCGCAAAAACAGCUGGCCACAUUCCAACUACAAUUAAGUGUGGAUGUUACAGUGAAAGCAAAGAAAAUAAGGGUACAAAAUAAAAAAGAAAACAAUAUUAGAAACUAAAAAAAAAUGCAGAUAAAUAUAUAGUGCGUCGUGUUGUAAGCAGCCGCAAAAACAGAAACACAAAUAGUCAAAGAAGGAGAAAUGUAAAUGCUAAAGCAAACAAAUAGUUGACUGAGCCAAUUGAGUCUCGUCUUUUUUUUUUUAAAUAAUUUAACUAAGUAAAGAAAAAUUAGUGGUACGAAAAAUCUUUGUUGCUUACUUAACGUAACUAAGGUAGAGUGUAACUAACUUAUGUACUACUUAUACAAAAAAUAAAAGCUAUUAUAUUUUAUUGAAAUAAGUUAUUUUAUUUGUAAUCUACUACUAAAAAGAGUCGAUAAAUACAUAGUAUACACAUAUCUAGAAAUUAGGGAAACUAAAUAUUGCCUAAGCCUCGUGCUGCGUGUAUAUUUAAUAAUUUUGAAGAGCGUCGGUCUUUGUAAAUUGUAAAUAUAUUUUUUAUAAAAAAAAAAAAACUUUUAUAUUUAAAAAUAAAAUUAUUUAAUUAAUUACGCAGCAUAAAGCAAGAGAAUUACACAAGAGUGCCAACUAUAGGGGCCAGUCUGAAUAAUUUAGUUUAUAAAAAUCAGGUACUCAGUAACAGAUUAAGUGACAAAUCCUUAGAAAAACACAUAAAGACAAACUGAAUUGUACCUGAAAGCCAUGAAAACAUAAUGAAAAAAUAAUAAUAAUAAAAAUACAAAAUGCGAUUCAAAUACUUAGUAUAAGCUACACUUCAGAAAGAUAAAAUUAAUCACAGUAAUAAUUAAAAAAAAAAAAAAACAGUGAAAACGGCGCGAACCGUAAACCAAAAUUAAAUAAUUUUUGAUGAAAAAGAAAUAACAAAAAAGGUUAACAGAGAUUUAGAAAUUCCCGAAAAUAAUGCAGGCGGAAAAUUCAUAAAAACGAAAAUUUGUGGAUCAAAAAAGAAAUUAAUAAAACCUUAAACCUUAAAUAAUUAGGAACAAAAAACUAAUAAUGAAUAAAAACAACAAAAUAAAAUAAGCCCACGCGACAGAAAACAAAGCAGAUAAAAUAAAAACGUGUCAAGCAAACAAAUAGCAUAAAAAAAUAAUAAUUUAAAAUAUCUUUAAUUGCACAAAAUAUUCUCUCUCACAGUUGAUAAUUCCAGUUUAAAUUUGUUUUUUUUUAUAAAGCAUAGUAUCCAACUUUCAAGAAAAAUAAAAAUUUGUAUAAAAAU